AUGACUACAGAAGCUGUACAAACUUAUGGUCGUAAGAAAACCGCAACAGCGGUCGCCCACUGUAAACGCGGUAAAGGGCUCAUCAAAAUCAACGGAUCACCAAUACACCUGGUAGAGCCCGAGAUCCUGCGAUUCAAAGUUUACGAACCGAUCCUAAUUCUGGGCCAAGAGAAAUUCGAUAACGUGGAUAUUAGAGUGCGAGUGCAAGGCGGUGGUCACACAUCCCAAGUAUACGCUAUUCGCCAAGCGAUCGCCAAAGCAAUCGUCGCUUUCUAUCAGAAAUAUGUGGACGAGGCACAAAAGAAGGAAAUUAAAGAUUUGUUGAUUCGUUAUGAUCGAACUUUACUUGUUGCUGAUCCGCGUCGUUGUGAGCCAAAAAAAUUUGGUGGACCGGGUGCUCGUGCUCGGUAUCAAAAAUCAUAUCGUUAA